AUGGGAGUUUCCAGCUCCCAUUUUUCCCCUGAUCUGCUUCCUCAUAUCGCUGCUUUCGCUGCCACUGCUGGUGCAACUGCUACAGGAGAAGCUUCCAGGAACUUCUUCAGACGCUCAGCUUCAUCUCCCAACCUCCUCCUUCCUCCCCCUUCCCCCGGCUCCUCCUCCUCCCCCCCUCUCCUCCCCCAAUCCUCCUCUCUCUGCUCCCCUUACACUUCCGUACACUCCCCCCCUUCCCCUGCACUCUCUCUCCCUCCUUCAUCCCCUUCCCCCAUCUCCCCUCCCUACUAUUCCCCCUCCUUUUCGGACACGUCAAACCCAACAAGCACGUCACCAUUGUCCACAUCAGCAGUGGCCACGUCAGCGCAUCCGGAGGGGGGUUUUGAGGCUCCUCAAAACCUGGAAGAGGCAGCAGCGGUGGCAGCAGCUUCGGCGGUGGUGAGUGCAGGUGGAGGGGCGUUAGAUGCACUGCAAGCAGCAGCGGCUGUGAUAUCCGGAGCAGCAGGAGGAUCAGGAGGAGCAGCAGCAGCAGGAGGAGUUGCAGCAGCAGCAAGAGCAGGAGCAGGAGCAGGAGGGGCAGGAGAAGCAGGAGGAGGUACAGCAGUGCCAGCAGCAGCAGAAGAGACAACUCCGAGGGCUUCCUUUCGCCGAAACGCCCCUGCACCUAUCCUGGUGCCCACACCAUCCCAUGCCCAUGCAUCUUCUGCUCCCAGCCCUAGAACCCUCCCUUCUCCUGCCAAUCCUUCUCCUCGCGUUUCCCUUCCCAGCCCAGGAGCUCCCGGGCCUGUGCCGCAGGCUCGGUUCCCGAGCCCAGGCCUGGCCGCCAGGCCUCCUCGCACCACGUCUCCCGUGGUUCGGUUCGCCGUACCUGAAGCUUUUGCCGAGGCAAGAGGUGGAGGUUCGUCAACCAAACAGCAGCAAGCUUCAACAGAGCAGCAGCAGGGACUGCCGGAGCAGAAGCCAUCAAUUGAUGGGCAGAAUCAGCAGCAGGGACAGCAGGAAGAAGGGGGGAGAUCAGCAGCACAUGGUAUCCGAACUAAUGCAGCAUCUGCAAGCCCUCGACGAGUCAGCUUCGACUGGCAGCAGCUGCAGCCGCAGCUGGGGGAGCAGCAACAGCCGCACAUGCAGCAGCAGCAGCAGCAGCAGCAGCAGCAGCAGCAGAAGCAGCAGCAGCAGCAGGUUGUGGUGCACUCAGGAGAUGAUGCAGGUAGAGCACAUUACACCUCACCACACUCCUCCUCACCACGUCACACCUCACCACACGCCUCCUCACCACAUUACACCUCACCACACUCCUCCUCACCACACGUCUCCAAUCCCAAGGAGAGUCAGCUUCAGCGAGCCCGUGGGAGUGGCACCGGUUUCUGA